GAAGAAAAAGUUAAAAAUUGAAGCGCCCUAACUCGUAUUGAAUAGCAGAAGAAACUGUGAGGUUUUCAAAGAUUUCUGUGUGAAGCAGAAGCGGAAAUUUUGGCAACAACAAAAAAUCGUAGAGAUGGAAUACGUGAGCCCUGAGGGCCUUCGAUUAGAUGGACGUCGUCCCAUGGAGAUGAGACAAAUUCGAGGAGAGAUCGGUGCCGUGGCCAAAGCAGACGGUUCAGCUGUGUUUGAGAUGGGCAACACCAAGGUCAUUGCUGCUGUAUAUGGUCCCAGAGAGGUCCAGAAUCGGAGCCAACAAAUGAAUGACCAAGCGCUGGUGCGGUGUGAAUACAGCAUGGCUAACUUUAGUACCGGUGAUCGCAUGAGAAAACCAAAGGGUGACAGGCGAUCCACUGAAAUAUCUCUAGUUAUUCGCCAAACCAUGGAAGCUUGUAUAAUGACACAUUUAAUGCCCCGUUCACAGAUUGACAUUUUUGUCCAAGUUCUCCAAGCAGAUGGAGGAACUAGAUCUGCGUGUAUCAAUGCUGCAACUCUGGCCCUUGCAGAUGCUGGGAUCCCAAUGCGUGAUCUUGUUACUUCCUGUAGUUCUGGGUACCUUAACAGUACUGCUCUGCUUGAUUUGAACUAUGUCGAAGACAGUGCUGGAGGCCCUGAUGUCACUGUUGGAUUUCUACCUAAGCUGGACAAAGUGACUCUACUUCAGAUGGAUGCUAAGUUACCAUUGGAUAUUUUUGAAAAUGUCAUGCAACUUGCGAUAGAAGGCUGCAAGGCAGUAGCAAAUUACAUAAGAGAAUUACUACUGGAAAAUACCAAGCAAUUGGAGUAUCGCCGAGGUGUAUAAGACUAAUGUGUAAUGAGGGUAUCUCCAUUUUUGCUAACGUACCUUGGAUGGUUCAGCUUCGCCUCAAAUUGUUGUUAUACUCCAAUUGCUUCAGUCAUUACUUGGAAAACUAGAGUAGGUUGGAGACAGACCAUGCUGUAUUUUUCAAUUUUUGUCUCCGUCGUAUGAAGCAUUAUGCUGCAAAGCAUGUUUGCUGUCUUUUGUUUUCAUGCCUUUAAGGAAGUACUUAGGUUUUUAAAGACUAUAUCUUCUUAGUAUAGCAUCUUUUCAAAACAGGUGGGGUUCUGUUAUUUUGAAAAUAUAAAUUUGCCUAAGAAUUAUCAAUAUUGUGAUGAAAGGGACAAUCUUAUGGCCUGCACAUAGAACUUUCUUUUCCGUACAAUCACCUCCGGGGUCCUUGGUUUCUUAGGGUCAUAUUAAUUUAACCAAAUGAAGAAACUGGUAGUUAAUAUCCUCGCCUUUUCUUUUAUACUCUCUCUUAUCUGUAAUCAAAUUCUGAUAGAAUGAUUUUGUUUUUUUU